AUGGCUACUGUAACACCAUCACCGCUGGCCAGUUCUGUGGAGAAGACAAAUGGAGCCAAGCUCAGCAGGCUUCUUAUCGACGGUGGAACAACACUUCUUAGGAAGAUUUUUGAUGGUCAUCAUCCUCCUGCAAACUUGAUUAUUGACUUAAAUGCUAAUUACUCCAUUCUCAACAAUCUCUUAAGUCGUCGAGUUCUAAAUGGCCAUCAGUGGGACAAACUGUUCCCACCUGGGGGAGUCGCAGCAGACUCCAAAACUUUUGACAUCACUCUUCUUUUUCUCCUUCUGACCAACAUUUGUGGACUAACCCCUCCCCCCUCAGGAUGGCACACUGAACCACUUCCGAGUGACACGUCUCAUGAGGCUAACCUUGCACGGGUUAAGAUUUAUCGCAAUAUUGUGUAUGGUCAUGUGACAACCACUGGUGUUGAUACACCAACUUUCUCUGCUCUGUGGACUGAAAUUAGUGGUGUUCUUGUAAGUCUUGGCCUUGGUCGGGCUGAAGUAGAUAGACUUAAGGCGGAAAAAGGUGGAGAGCAAGAUUAUAUUGACGUGUUGAUUGAUUGGGCUGACAGUGAAGAGGAUAUCAAGUCACAGUUGAAGAACAUACAUCAGUCCCAAAACCAAACACUUCAAGCAGUUCAAGAUGUACGUCUGGCAGUGGAAGACAUACAUCAGACCCAGGUCAAUACUCAAACAACAGUGAAAGACAUACAUCAGACCCAGGCCAAGACACAAAAGACAGUAGAAGACAUACAGCAGACCCAGGUCUAUACUAAAACAACAGUGAAAGACAUGCAUCAAACCCAGGCAAAGACACAAAAAACAGUGGAAGACAUACAUCAGACCCAGGCCAGUACUCAAAAGACAGUAGAAGACAUACAGCAGACCCAGGCCAGUACUCAAAAGACAGUGGAAGACAUACAGCAGACCCAGGCCAGUACUCAAAAGAUAGUGGAAGACAUACAGCAGACCCAGGCCAGUACACAAAAAACAGUGGAAGACAUACAUCAGACCCAGGCCAGUACUCAAAAGACAGUAGAAGACAUACAGCAGACCCAGGCCUGUACUCAAAAGACAGUGGAAGACAUACAGCAGACCCAGGCCAAGACUCAAAAGAGAUUAGAAGACAUGCAUCAGACACAUACCCGAACACACCAAAGCGUUAAGGAAGUGAAUCAGAACGUGGUAGAAGUUGCAACAGGUCUUUAGGAAAUAAAGGAAGCAGUUUAUAGUUUAAAAGAAGGAAAAGACAAAGAUAGUUCAGACGAGGUCCUUCGAAAUCUCACCAACUCUGAAUUCAGUGGAGACAUUGAGUAUUAUGUUCAGAGAUUCCAAGAAGGCACCCGUGAGUGGGUAUUUGACGGGGUUCUGAACUGGCUGGAUGACAGGAGCUCCCAAACCCGCGUGAUGGUGAUCAGUGCAAAUGCAGGGAUGGGAAAAUCUGUGAUCGCAGCUGUGAUGUGCAAGAGAAUGCAAGAAGCUGGCAGACUGUCAGGAAGCCACUUUUGUCAGUAUAACAAUGUACGCUACUGUAAGCCUCGGUUGAUGAUUCAGUCGCUUGCCUGCCAUCUGUCCAAUGCUCUGCUAGAGUACAAGCGAGCUCUUGUGGAACAGCUAUCAAGAAAUCUGGGCACAGAUCUCAACAACAUGGGUGUUGAGGAGUUGUUUGCGUUGCUUUUCAAGGAACCACUAAGUGCUGUAGGUGACCCAGGAAGAAACAUGCUAAUGGUGAUAGAUGGUUUGGAUGAAAGCGAAUACAAGGGAAGAAAUGAGCUUCUUGAUGUGAUUGCAAAUCAGUUUUGUAAGCUUCCUAUUUGGAUUCGUUUUCUCGUCACAACGCGUCCAGCCUUAAACAUUACAGAUAAAUUGAAGCAUUUGAAGCCACUCGAACUGAAGUAUAAUGAUGGAAAGAAUGUUGAAGACGUCAGAAUGUAUUUUCAUAAAAGGCUGGAGCACGUGGUCAAGAUAGGAAAUUUAGGCGAGUAUGUAAACAAACUAGUUUUGAGGUCUGAAGGACUGAUGCUAUAUGCCCAUUUCCUUGUAUUGUUGAUAACUGAAAAUCCAUCAAUUUUCCACGAGGGAGACCUUGAUGACAGUUUACCAUUAGGAAUUUCCUCAUUUUAUCGUUCCUAUUUCAAACGUUUGGAAUGUGAACUUUGUGAGGAUCUACACAUAAAGGAAGAACAUUUCGUAAAUCUGUUAUCUGCUGUUGCCGCUUCAAGGGAGCCCCUGCCAGUUGGUUUUGUUUGUAAAGUAUUAGUACCAGGUACCGAUGCACCACUUGCUAGGCGUAAAGUAGUGAGAUCCUUAAGCAGUGUGUCUGCACUUCUUCCCACCCGGGAUGAUUGUCUUCAUGUCAUUCACAAGUCAGUUAAAGACUGGUUAACAGACGUUUCAUGUUAUGGCGAGCAUGAAUUCAUCGUGGAUGAAAAUGAAGGACAUCGUAUACUAGCAGCCUUGUGUACUGACGAACUCGAAAAUAUGAAACGGAAAGGUGUACAUAACCUACAAUUUAGCGCCACUGAGAGGUACGCGCUGUAUCAUGGUGCACAUCACAUGCUACACGAAGGCGACAAGAGAGAGCCACAUAAGCUGAACGAACUGACAAAAGCCUACAUUGUUGAUUUAGAAAUCGUGUAUGCUAAGACCUGUGUAAACAGCACAAUAGCGGCUGAAGAUCUCGUGUGGCUUAAAAGGCAGGAGAGUUUUAAGUUGUUAUCAAAAGAUAACCAAAGUUUUCUGGACACCUUGUUGUUUCUGUUGAGAAGGAACCACCAUUUACUUACGCAUACGCCUCGCAGUUCUCUUCAAACCAUACUUAACCAAGGAGGAAAAGCGUUGGGUGUUGAAGCGUCGAAUCUUUUGCAAAAUAAAUAUCCUCAAAUUCCAUACAUGGAGGUUGUUCACAAGGAGAUGCAACGGGCACAAGUUGUAGCCCUAUUUAAAUGUUCAUCUACCGUGCUCUGUUUGGAAGUCUCUCCACAGUUGGAUUAUAUGGUGUGCGAAUGUGACGACGGAAUGCUGCAGCUGUGGUCACUCUAUACUGGUAGUCUAGUGUGGACACGUCCAGUCUUAGUACAGAAGAGUUUCAAGAGGAUCGGGCGGUCCAUUGUGUAUAGAAAUUUACCUUCAGUUGGCGUGCUCUCAUUAUUCCGUUCUGUUGUUUUCCAUCCUACAAAGGAAUGUAUUUUACCUGGGAUCCUCAGUCAGGCCUAUUCUAUGGACGGAGACUUGAAACCGCUCUUUCUCGGAAGUAACUGUAGAUUCUCAGUUUGCUCCAUGUCAGGCGACAAGACCAAGAUUCUAACUAAUUGUCUUGAGAGUUCUAAAUGCCUUGUCUUGUGGAGUUUGGAAAGUGGCUUAGAGGUUGAUCAAAUCCUCGUAAAUGAAGACAUUUUAUCUUUUGCAUGGUCUGGUGAUGGAAGGCUUCUUGUAAUUUCACAUUCUUCGGGAGUGAUUAGUUUGUAUGAUGUGAUGUGUAAUUUCAGAAAACUAACACAAAUGGCUACCCCGGAAGUAUGUGGCAUGGUAAAGUUUGCACUUGAUCAUCGAUUCAUUUUUUGUUGCGCUGUAGAAGACUUAUUUCAACACUCCUUUUUUUGUCUCAAGAUUGUAAAGGAAGCAAACAACACAUUUUCUUUAACGAUUGUGUCCGAUGAUUCCGAGACUUUUGAAUCUUUCAAUGAUUGUGGCUUUUUAUUUGGCGAUCUUAUUACCACAAAAGGUCGUCCGUUUCGAUUGACGUUUGGUCUUGACAAGCAACGUCAGCUACGUUCCUUUUGGAAUGCAAUAGAAAUGGUGGAUACCAAAUACGUAAACAGAAACGAUCAAGGUGUAGCUACUUCAACUACUGGGAUAGCAAUCAGUUUGGAUGGUCAGAUCGUGUUUGUUUCAAGUAUGACAUCAGUCACUGCUUAUGACGUGUCGAGUGGGAAGCUUAAAGCUGAGAUAAAAUGCGGGCGUUCACUGUACCGUCCUUUGUGUCCUGUUAGCGGUGGAGUCCUAAUCUUAACGAGUAAAAGCACUGUUGAGUUGUGGUGUGGUAACCUCGCUAAACGAAUUAAAAGGUGGACCAACUUGCCUGGAGUCAAACAACUGAUCCCUAUAUCAAAGGAACGAGUAGCAGUCAUAGCAGAGGUUGAUGUGAAAGUCCUGGAUACAAGCAGUGGAAAAGUUGUGUCAACAAUCCCAGUUUUACAAGGAAGAGUUCUUACCUGCAACAGUAAAUGUGAGCUGUUAAUUAAAAGGACAUUUGAAGCAUAUCAGUUUCUUCGUUCUGGUCCUUGGUGUCUUCAGCUUUUGGAUGGCGAAACAGUUGUUUGGAGAAAGAAAGACAUUGAAAGGUUCCCUGAAUAUAAUGAUAAGGGUGUGGCUUUCUCACCUAUGGAACAGUUCCUUGUUGUUGGCACGACUGACGGCAUCUUAGUCUUGGAUCCCGAAACAGGAAGCACACUCCGUACUUUAGGUCUUUCAUUUUCCCUUCUUCGUCAUUGCACGUUUAUCAGUGACGACACAUGUGUUAUUUCUGGUGGUGAUUUAACUGUUCGGCUAUUAAACGUCAAAUCUGGUGAAUUUCUAACUGAAAUUGAUGUGGAAAGUCGGGUGAACUGUUUAGCAGCCUGUCCCUUCAAUCGUGUUCUCGUCAUCGGCCUGAGGUACUCCACACCUAAUUUCAAAGUUAUCAGGGUGCAUUUGCCGCGGGGCGAAGGCGAUGGAAACAUGGAAAGGUAA